AUGAAGACUCACAUGAUGAUGCACAGUGAUGAAAGACCUUUUGAGUGUGAUGAGUGUGGCAAAAGGUUUCGAGAUCGUGCAUCUAUAAUAAGUCACAUGUUAGUACAUACAGAAGAAAGGCCUUUUGAGUGUGAUAAAUGUGGCAGAUUAUAUAAGUCACGUAAAGAGUGUGGGAAGAGGUUCAGUCAGCUUGGACAUAUAAAGACUCACAUGAUGAUGCACGUUGAUGAAAGACCUUUUGAGUGUGAUGAGUGUGGCAAAAGGUUUAGAGAUCGUCGCUCUAUAAUGCGUCACAUGUUAGUACAUACAGAAGAAAGGCCUUUUGAGUGUGAUAAAUGUGGCAGAUUAUUUAAAUCACGUAAAGGUAUAAAAGCACACAUGUUAGUGCAUUUGAAUGAUAAACCUUCAUGA